UUGCAAUGCCGUGCAGUGCGAGAUUGCAAUUGAUUCUCGCAUUCCUCAAACCUGAUAUCUGUCAGCAUAAGACACUUGUACAAGAAGUGACGUCACGCAUUGUAUCAAAUCGUUUUUACGUGGUGAGAUCGAAAAUAGUGCAACUGACGAGGUCACAAGCAGAGGAAUUUUAUUUCGCUCAUAGAGGUCGUUUCUUUUUUACACGAUUGGUUGGUAUGAUUAGCAGUGGGCCCAUAAUUCCAUUAAUUCUUGCUCGUCACAAUGCAGUGCAGCAAUGGAGGGACAUGAUGGGUCCGACGAAAACCUUUCGAGCCAAGGUCGUAAGUCCUCACACUAUCAGAUCACAAUUUGGAUUGACAGACACACGAAAUGCUGUUCACGGAUCAGAUUCGAUUGAUUCUGCUCGUUGUGAGAUUUCGUUUUUCUUUCCAGAGUUUGAUUUCGAUAAGUGGAUGAAUGUUGAUGAAGAGAAGUUGAGAUUUGGUGCAGCACGAUGGGAUGGAGAGAGAUGCAUACACAGACUGCAAUGUGAUUGACUGUAAACGUAGAGUUGUAUGAAGUCUCAUUUAUAUGAAAGUAUAGAGUAUCAAGGUUUGUGUUAUUGAAAUACAGUGGACUAGAGAUUCUUGCAUCUAUUGCAAAAAAAUUUAAUUUUUUUAAUUUAACUAAAACUUUUUAGCAUUCAUUUUGUCAUAAUCUAGUUAUGAAAC